GUUUACGGGAGAGAGAGAGACAGACAGUGAAAUGGAGGUGUUGGGGUGGUGGUUGAUGCUAGUGGGCUCACUUCGAUUGGCGUCUGUUUGGUUCGGUUUCUUCGAUAUAUGGGCUCUCCGACUCGCCGUCUUCUCCAACACCUCCAUGUCUGAAGUUCAUGGAAGGACAUUUGGAGUUUGGACGCUGUUGACCUGCACUCUUUGCUUUCUUUGUGCUUUUAACCUUGAUAACAGGCCACUCUAUUUAGCGACCUUUCUAUCAUUCAUCUAUGCCUUUGGCCAUUUCUUGACUGAAUACCUUGUAUACCACACUAUGGCUAUUGGGAAUCUGACGGCUGUUGGAAUCUUUGCAGGCACAUCCAUAGUAUGGAUGUUGUUGCAGUGGAAUGCACAUCAAAAGACCCAUAUCAAGAAGUCUUGAAAGUGAAAUGAAGCAUGGGCCAUCUGCAUAUCACACGGGACGCUGAGGAUUUCAGAUCUUCUAAAUAUUUGUGCUUGAAGAUCGAUGCAAGAGAAGUAGGCAGGAGGAAAAAAACCUUGGAAAAAGGCAGAGGAGCUGGAUUGAGCAGGGCAUGGUCACCGUUCACCGACACAUGGUAGCUGGAGGGGAGAGAGAGAGAGAGAGAGGACAACAUUAAUAGCUCAGCUUGGUAGCUGAUGGUUGUUACCCACCCAUUUAUUAACCACA